ACCCAUAGAAGGUAAAGCUGAAACAAAAGAAUCGAGUCACUUGCUUUGCGUCUCCACCGGUAUAAUUUAGAUCCUUUUUUUUUGAAAAGAAAAAAACUCCAAACUAAAAGAUGGCCAAUACUCAAAAUAUCUCUGCGAAAAUAGAAUGUCCGAGUUAUGAUGACUACUUUAUGGCCAUGGCUGUGUUGGUGCGAAUGCGAAGCAAGGAUCCAGUUACCAAAGUGGGUGCUUGCAUUGUAGGUUCGGAGAGCCGACUAUUAGGAUAUGGAUACAAUGGAUUUCCUCGGAACUGCAGCAACGAAGCGUGCUCCUGGGAGAAAAGUAAAUCGGACCCGAUGAAGAAUAAGAAGAUGUAUGUGGUGCACGCGGAGGCCAAUGCGAUCCUGCAUAGCAACGGUACCAGGUUGACUGGAACGUGUUUAUAUACCACACUCUUUCCAUGUAACGAAUGCACCAAGUUAAUUAUACAGUCGGGCAUUUCUAAAGUUCUUUAUUUGUCGGACAAGUAUUACGAAAAGAACAAAGUUAAGGCCUCAAAAAAGAUGCUGCAAUUGGCUGGAGUUGAAGUUAUACGUCAUGUGCCUCAGAAAUCCCACAUUCAGAUUGAUUUUGCUGAAAUCCUGAACGAGGAUCCCUCCUAUUUAGGAUCGAACUAA